GCGUUUGUCUGCUUAUAGUGUUUUUAAGGCUAUAAUAAUGUAAAUUAAAUGUCAAUAAUAUUUAUAUCAAUUGAUAAUUAAUUUUAAGUACCAAUUGAUAUGAUAUUAAUAGUGACUAUCAUUGGACACAAUGGAUGUUAUCAUUAUAGACCAUCACUGAAGACAUGGUCACAUUGUUAUUGGUUUUGAUAUACAAAUUAGUGGCCAAAGAGCUCACAUUCGGCAGUCAUGGCUCUAACAGUCGUUGACGGCUUUCGAUCGGUUCUCACAGCGAAGACAUUACUGUUGAUGACUGUCUUUGCUGUGUUUGUCAUCGGAAUCAUCGACUACUCGUUGAUCACUGAGAAGAAUGGCUGUGAAAUGACUUUUAUGUUUCAAUUUCCGCAAUUUAUUUUGAUCCCAUUUACCCACCGAUUAUCGCAAAAGUAUCCCAACUAUAAUCUAUACGCCUAUGGAGAGGGAUAUUAUGCACAAAGUCUUCGUGAUGGUGACUUCGAUGGCGUUCCCGUUGUAUUUGUUCCGGGAAAUCGUGGUUCAUAUAAACAGGUCAGGUCAUUGGGUUCAGUUGCUCUUCGCAUGUCUGAUAAAUACUCGACAUUUCAUUUCAAUUAUUUUACUGUUGACUUAAAUGAGGAAUACUCAGGAGUUAAUAGUAUUCAACUCCAAAGUCAAACACAAUUUCUUAAAGAAUGUAUCAUAAAAAUAGUUGAUUUAUAUGACCAAAGAGGAAGAAAUGUAACACUUGUGCUCAUUGGCCACUCAAUUGGUGGUGUCAUAAUCAGAUCUGUGCUAUCAUUGCCAGAAGUUGAGCCAUAUUUGAAAAAUAUUGAUUUAAUUAUAACUUUAGCCACUCCACACAAAUCUCCGGUUGUUCCCAUUGAUAUUCAAAUGACAAGAUUUUAUAAGUUAGCUGAAGAAUUUUGGGACCAAAAUCGUGAUAAUAGCUUAAGACAUAUUAAUUUGAUAUCAAUUGGUGGUGGCUUUAAUGAUAAGUUGGUCCGUUCAGAUCUUACCCGAUUGAACAAUAAUUAUAGCAAUGAUUUAACAAUAGUAACCACAGCUAUCGAUGAUGUUUGGGUUUCAACGGAUCAUUUAUGUAUUGUUUGGUGCAAACAAUUAGUACUUAAAUUAACUCGACUUCUCUUUGAUUUAAUUGAUAAGAAGUCACUUAAAAUGUUUGAAAACUAUUCGGACAGAAAUAGGAUAAUUCGUUACCAUCUUUUGGAGAGAACUUUAGAGAAAAAUUAUCCCAAUUUUGUUAUUCCAAAUACAAUUAACUUAACACCAAAUGGAGAGUGGAGUGAAAAUUUUGAAAGGAUUAUUAAACUUAAGAAACCAAAGGUUAUUAUAGUUUUAAACCAAAUGAAUAUAUUACUGCCAUUAAUACGAAGAGAAACCAUUGUCAUUCAAUUUAAGGGCUAUUAUAGACAUAAUUGGCUUAUGGCUUGUAGUCCAACCAAAUUGAAUAAUAAUAUUACUUAUUGCGAAAAGGGUCACUUACUUCACACAUAUGUCAAACGGAUGCCAUCAAAACCUCAUGAUAUUGAACGUCGUGUUUACAAAGGUCUAUCAUCUCUCUUACUUAAUAAAGGAUAUACACACCUAUUACUAGCAAUUAGUUCAUCAGUGGAACCAAUUGACAUACAGAUCGAUCGGUUCACGACAUCCAUCCGAAGCAAAACUAUAAUUAUGCCAAAUCUAAUGCAAAGUCUAACAAUGGUAUUCUCGCCAAUCACUAUAAUGGACAUUGCAGUCAGUGAAGAGACAACAUUUUACAAUCUUAGUCUUUCGGGACUCAAUCAUAUUUGGCACACUUAUUGGAUACAAAUGGAAACUAUUUCAUGUUAUACCAGCGCUUCAAAUAUCGGUUAUCUUUAUUUUUCUAUUCCCUGGAAUAAAGAGAGUCAAUAUCAAUACAUAUUACCGAAGCGCAGGUCAUCCACUCAAAUGACACUAAAACUAAAUUCGCCGAAACCUAAAGAUUUUAAAAGUUUAAUUAAUCCCACACUUUAUAUAUUGGUUGACCCAAACUGUAGCUAUAAACUACAUUUAAAACCAUCCAUUUCUGAAAUAAUUGGACAAAUACUAAGACAUUAUGGACUCAUAUUGUUACCAAUGAUUGUAUCAAUUGUGAUAUCUAUGUUAUCCACACAAAUAAUACCUAAUAAACAAAUCAGCUCAACAAACGGUGAUAUUCAUAAUAAUAAAUUUUUCAAUAAUAUACCAAAAUAUUUAUAUAUACAAUCAAUUGAAAUAAUUAAACAAUACCGAUUGGUUUCGAUAAACGGGUUGCUUAUAUUAUCACCUUCCAGUUUGGCUUUAUAUUUUAAUUAUUCAGAGAUGAAUUCGAUGACCUCAUGUCUAAUGUGGUAUCAGUUAAUCAUUCUCUACCUCUUUCUCUAUUCAACAGCACUGUCGAUAAUAUUCGUCUUUUUCUCAAUUAUGACACUAAUAUUCAUCUCUUUGUCAUCACUUGUAGUAUAUCUUAAAAGCAGAUUCACUGUCAGUCUCAACAAAUCAAACAUAAGUCAAGAAAAAAGCUUUAAAAUAAAAUUAAUUCCGUUAUUGAGUUUAUUUGUGAUUAUAUUGAUUGGCAUUAUUUAUAAUUCUGCUUUGGCACUUUUGGUCACCUUAUUAUUGCAUAACAUUCAGUUAAUACACUUAUGCAUUAAGUGUCAAUCAAUUGAACGUCGAUUGGGUGUGGGUUCAGAUGUUUGCCUAUGGAAUCUUCACUUAACAUUAUUAGGACUGUUAUAUUUGUCAACCAUUCCCUCAAUUCCAUUGUUAUUGGAUUGGAUUAAUUUGAAACUACCUGUUCUCUAUUUUGUUUGGUCCGAUCCAUAUCUUAUACCCGGUUUAAUAUCGAUGAUUUCAUUUCCGGUUAUUUGGCACCAGUAUUCUGUAAUUAAUAUAAACAAUAAUCAAAGAAACUAUUUGUCGAUUAUGUUGAAAGCAAUGGCUAUAUUGGCGUCAAUUAUAUGUCAAUUUAAUUACUUGAAUAUAUCGAUAAUUAUAUCGGUUUCGUUGCUAUUAUUAAGUAUUCAACACUUUGUUGAAUUGUUUGCGAACCGGAAUCUAAAGUGUGAUUAAAAUUUAUUUUAGUUUUAUAUAUAUAGUAAUA